AGCAGCAGCGAGCUUUGUUCACUCGCGCAGAGCCUCGUAUUUUCUGUUUCAUGUGCGAGAACUCAAGUUCUGAUAUGAGCAGUCCCACAGCCACCACAUCAUCCUUGCCCAUAGGUCAACAGCAGACCGGCUACAACAAAUCUCGGGCACAUAUCGCACAUCCCGGUGAUGAGAUUUCGGACGAGGAGCGGCAUGGGCUGGAGCCGCCAGGGUCAGGCACGGUGUCCUCGGAGGCAGGCGGCGAGGCGGAGGACAAAUUGGCGAGCACCGGGAGCGGUUCUCCGGAGGCUUGCACCGCGCCGAUGGAGGCGUCGUCGAGUGCCGAAGCUCCGCCCUUAGUGGCCGCAUGCGCCGCAGCCCGGCCUUACGGCUCGCACCAAGGCGACAAACGGCCGCAAGACAUGGUUGCUGUCAGCGAGGCGGACGAGGAGAGCGGACAGCAAACGAGCGCCGGUGCCAUCGACCAGUACAUCGACUUCACCAUCGGCAUGUCCGUCGACGAAGCGGCGCCGCAGCAGCAGCAGCAUCUGCUGUACCACCACCACGGCGCCACCAACGUGAUCCGGCGGCUCGGCGGCGGCGGCGAGUCAGAGCCGGACAGCGACCCCGACCUGCCGGACAGCAACCAUUACCUGGACCUGCGGGUGAGGCCGCAGAGCAAGUCGCCACCGGCGGCGACGGCGGCGUCGAUGCCGCUGGAGGUGCCGCCGGUGAGCAUCAAGGACGAGCACGGCACCUUCGGCAUGGCCAACACCAACUUCUCGGCCAUCCUCUACCCGGCGUCCUACCGCGCCGCCUCGCACAUCCCCGACGACUUCGGACGCAUCCACUUCAAGCAGGAGGACCUCAAGGAGAACAACCACCACCAGACGGCGUCGACCGUGGAGCAGGAGGUCGGCGAGUACCUGGACAUCAGACGCGACGGCAACUACGUCGUCUACAAGGACCUGAGCAAGCUGGGCAGUCUGGCGCCGCUGACCCCGGCCAACCAGCAGCACGACGACGUCCAGGAGGGCACCAACGGCGAGCAGUACUCGUCGGCAGAGGCGCAGAUCCCGGCCAGGGCGCACCAGCAGUACCAGGAGCACCACCAGCCCGGCAGCGUGGCGGCCCUCGACGCGGCGUCCUGUGCAAGUAAUUAUGAAGAAAUCCAACGGGGAAUCUUCUCGGCCAGUUCGUCAUACCUGCAAGAUGCAGGUAGCACUCCAACCUCUGUUCACGGAUGGCAACAGCAACAAUCGGAAGAAUUCAAAGCGUCGAUUUUGGGCGCGACCUUCGGCGGGCACGGCAGCAGUCUGAGCAGCAACCCCUUGCCCUCGUUUAGCUCCAGACUGACGUCGUACGGUUCGAGCAACCCGAUUUUGCCCUCGCUCACGCGCUCCACUUACAACUCGCCCGGCUACAGUUGGCCCCUGCAGCAGUCGGCCAGCGAGCAGCCCUCCUACGACUCUUACACUUCCAGAAGCCAGAGGUCAACGACAUCCGCCACAAUCUCAUCAUCCACGAAUCCUUAUGUAGGGACGCUGGAGGAUUUGACGUUGGUCGGCGACGGCGGCGUGCCCUUUUCGGACGGUCGCGAGUGCGUCAACUGCGGCGCCAUUUCGACGCCGCUGUGGCGGCGCGACGCGACCGGCCACUACCUGUGCAACGCGUGCGGGCUGUACCACAAGAUGAACGGGAUGAACCGGCCGCUGGUGAAGCAGCCCCGGCGCAACUCGGCGUCAAGAAGGACCGGGCUGAGCUGCUCGAAUUGCUCAACUUCUAGUACAUCCCUGUGGCGACGCAACGCCAGCGGGGAUCCUGUGUGCAACGCAUGUGGUCUCUAUUACAAGCUGCACGGCGUCAGCAGACCUCUAACCAUGAAGAAGGACAACAUUCAGACCAGGAAGCGAAAACCAAAGACCGGUGCCACCAAGUCAUCGUCGCACCACGCUGACCAAUCAAAACUCGACACCUCGGCAGAUAAAAAAACGAAGCAACUCAUCACAAUUUCCGAGCUUUUCAACAAAGCACCCCUUCAGAACUCAGAAUUAGGCAAAUUGCUCAGCAGGCAUGAAGCGUCGGUUGCAUAUGAUCUUCUCGCUAAAACUGACUGUUCGUACCGGAGACCCAGCAGCAAAGCAGCCGCCGCGGCCGCGGUGGCCUCGUCCGUGCUGAGCAACUACUCUAUGUCGACGGCCUCAGGACUGCUGCAGAACUCGCAGGCCAUCAACAGUCUGCUGUCGAGGCAGUGGCAGACCACCGAGUUCUCGCCCUUCGCCGCCGUCAACCACCACUCGCCCUCGUCAGGCUUCCAGCAGCCGUCGCCCAUUUCGCCAGCCAACUCGGACCACAUGAGCGACGCCACGCACGGCAGCGACCUUUUCCUGCAGAGGGCCCCGGUCCAGGACCAGUCCGAGGUCUAACAGCUCCUGUUGAUCAUUCAGAAUGGAAAUUUUUGUUUGAGUUAUAAUAAAAAAAACACGGGGAUUUUCACUAGUCUGCAGAGAGGAAAUGUCGCGGGUCGGAGGACAAAAUUUGCAACACGAAUCAAAGUGCAUUAAAAAAUUACUCUUGCGGGAUUUAAGGGACACUUUUUGAAAAUUUGUAAAUUACGGUGAAUUUAAGAUCAGGGUAAAAAAAUCAAAAUUGUCAAUUUUAAUUUUGAAUUUAAAUUUUGGAAUUUUUAAAAUGUUGUUCCAUGACAUUUUUGAUAUUGAGUAAAAAUAUCAGAGUGGUGUUUUCUUAUGUUUUCGAGAAAUUCCACAUCAAAACUAAAAAAAAAGAAAUUUAUCGAAUUUUUCAAAUUUCCCUUUUUUUUGCAACUCCAACUCUCUGGUUCUAACCAUCAGAAUUGCAACAACUACCCACCAAUCAACUCAUCUUGACCUUCCCUAGAUAGCUGAUAGGUUUUGAGGGUGAUCAACCCUCAUCCCCCUCCUACCCCAUUCACUGAAAUAACGAGAAAAAUUGAUCUUUUUGCACUUUUAGCAAAUUUAUUCAUCGAUCAAAACCCUCUUAAAUUAAAAAAAUCUAUCCCAAAUCCAAUUGGCCAUCUAGGGGAGAUUUAGAAGAGUUGAACGAUGUUCAGUUUUUGCAAUUCUGAUGGUUAGAACCCGAGAUUUAGCGAUUGGAAUAUUGACAAAAAUCGAAGGUUUUAUUUUUGAAAAUAUUGCCUUCGCCAAAUCUCGGGUUUUAACUGUCAGAACUGCAAAAACUACCCACCAUUAGACUCGUUUCAACCUCCCCUAAUCAGCUGAAUGGUUUAGGGGUUUUCAGGGUGCUUUACCCCAACCCCUAAAUUAGUAUACAUUAUCAACCACCAUAUAGACGUAAAAAACUUAUAUAACACUGGGAUUGUUUUAAAAUUGAAUUCAAAUAUAAAUA